AUGAUAAAGGAGAUCAGAGAAAACGGGCUCGACCAUUCGCUGGCUAUCAAUUCUCACGCACGGCUAUCUCACCACGGCUACUUGCUGCUGUUUGUGAGUCGUCGGCUGACCGCUGCUGCCCGAGAAAAGAAGCCGGCGGGGUGUGCUGCUACUAGUUUGACGAGGACUGAUGUGCUCCUGCUCGCUGAAAAGAAACGCUCGGCUGCUGCUCCUUGGCCGAAGCUUUGGACGGCUGUUGCUGACCCGAAAAGACUUCCGACGAACGGCUACUGUCCAUUGAAAGCAAGUUCCGGCGAACGGCUAUUGUCGGGUAGUUCUCGACAGCUAAAGCCGCACGAGGAGAACUACCCGACUCAUGACCUUGAGUUGGCAGCAGUGGUUCACGCCUUGAAGAUUUGGAGGCAUUAUCUGUACAGCGGCAGAUGUGAGAUUUAUAUCGACCACAAAAGCCUACAAUAUAUCUUCACCCUGAAAGAGCUCAACAUGCGUCAAAGGCGAUGGUUAGAGCUGGUGAAGGAUUAUGACUGUACCAUUAACUAUCAUGCGGGCAAGGCGAACGUAGUUGCCGAUGCCCUCAGCCGUAAGGGAAAGGGCGAGCUGACCUGUAUGAUCACUCAACAGCGUCAGUUGAUUCAUGAGUUCGCUCGGAUGCAGCUAGAAGUGGUCGAAUCACCUCCUAAGUUGCCAGUUGUGGGAGGUGUUCGAGCUAUGAGAGUGUGGCCCACGCUACAAGACAGGAUCCGGCGGGAUCAAGCCUUCGACGAGUUCGUUCGCUCGAUGGGGGCAAAGAUUCAUGCUGGAGGAGUAGAGGGCUUUUACCGAGGCACAGAUGGUGCUUUGGAGUACAAAGGAAGGAUUUCGGCGAUCACCACCCGUCUCGAGGUCUGGUGGCUCCCCGACCCGACAUUCUCCACCGCCUUCAAUAUGUCGUACUCCUCCACCACCUGUCCGAACACCACGUGCUUGUUGGCAAGCCACUUCGUCCUUGUCGUGCAGAUGAAAAAGUACGUGUUAUUUGUCUCCGGAACAGCCUUCGCCAUCGACAGUGCAGUCACUGCUCUGACAAAUGAAAUUGGGGAUUACACGAUGGAAGAAUGA